AUGGAUCUCCUCCUCCUGGAGAAGACUCUGUUGGCCCUCUUCUCCGCCGUCGUGGUCGCCAUUGUAAUCUCCAAGCUCCGCGGCAAGCGAUUCAAGCUCCCUCCCGGCCCAUUUCCAAUCCCCAUCCUCGGCAACUGGCUCCAGGUCGGCGAUGACCUCAACCACCGCAACCUCACCGACUACGCCAAGAAAUUCGGCGAUAUCUUCCUCCUCCGCAUGGGCCAGCGAAACGUGGUCGUCGUCUCCUCCCCGGACCUCGCAAAGGAGGUCCUCCACACCCAGGGCGUCGAGUUCGGUUCCCGCACCCGCAACGUCGUCUUCGACAUCUUCACCGGGAAGGGGCAGGACAUGGUGUUCACCGUCUACGGCGAGCACUGGCGCAAGAUGCGGCGCAUCAUGACCGUCCCCUUCUUCACCAACAAGGUGGUCCAGCACAACCGCCAGGGGUGGGAGAACGAGGCGGCCGCCGUGGUGGAGGACGUGAAGAAGAAUCCCGAAGCCGCGACCGCCGGGAUCGUGCUCCGCCGCCGCCUGCAGCUGAUGAUGUACAACAACAUGUUCCGGAUCAUGUUUGACCGCCGGUUCGAGUCGGAGCAGGAUCCCCUGUUCAACAAGCUCAAGGCGCUGAACGGGGAGCGGAGUCGGUUGGCGCAGAGCUUUGACUACAACUACGGCGAUUUCAUCCCGAUCCUGAGGCCUUUCCUGAGGGGUUACUUGAAGGUCUGCGAGCAGGUGAAGGAGAAGAGGCUGAAGCUGUUCAAGGAUUACUUCAUCGAAGAGAGGAAGACAUUGAUGGGCACGAAGCAGACGACGAACGACGGGCUGAAGUGCGCGAUGGAUCAUAUUUUGGAGGCACAGCAGAAGGGAGAGAUCAACGAAGACAAUGUCCUCUACAUCGUCGAGAAUAUCAACGUCGCCGCCAUUGAAACCACAUUGUGGUCGAUCGAGUGGGGAAUCGCGGAGCUGGUGAACCAUCCACACAUCCAACAGAAGCUAAGGGAAGAACUCGACACUGUCUUGGGAGCAGGCCAGCAGAUCACGGAGCCCGACAUCCAGAAGCUGCCAUACCUCCAGGCCGUCGUCAAAGAGACCCUCCGUCUCAGAAUGGCCAUCCCACUUCUCGUCCCACACAUGAACCUCCACGACGCCAAGCUUGGCGGGUUCGACAUCCCCGCAGAGAGCAAGAUCCUGGUCAACGCAUGGUGGCUGGCCAACAACCCGGCCCAGUGGAAGAACCCCGAGGAGUUCAGGCCCGAGAGGUUCCUGGAAGAGGAGGCGAAAGUCGAGGCCAACGGGAACGACUUCAGGUACCUUCCCUUCGGCGUCGGGAGGAGGAGCUGCCCUGGAAUCAUCCUCGCCCUACCCAUCUUGGGGAUCACCAUUGGACGCUUGGUGCAGAACUUUGAGCUGUUGCCUCCGCCUGGACAGUCCAAGCUCGACACUUCCGAGAAGGCCGGGCAGUUUAGCUUGCACAUCGCCAAGCACUCCACCAUUGUGGCUAAGCCCAGGUCUUUUUAA